UUGAAGUAAGUACUGUAACCAUUUAGGCUAUUAAAAAGACUGUCCGCAUCAGAAUGUAAUCAAAUCGGAAAUCACGUCGGAUGGGGGUUCGCUGAACCUGUACAAAACGAUUGCUGGUUGGGCAAUGGACAUACGGAUGUUCAAGCAUGGACGUACAAUGUGCCCGCAGGCCUGCUACGACGCAGCCGGUGACAACCCGAAAGGAUCGACUUCCGUGUACUGGUGGUAAAUUGCAUGCAGCAACAAAAUCUGGCCAGCUAAAAUCUGCAUGGAUUCUGAAGCCAGCGCAGCUGUGCUGCAGAUCCGGAAAAAGUAAUUACCAUGCCGGCUUUUGGUCACUACAUUCCCGGACUGGAAUUAGCCAAGAAAAUUGCUAAAUAUCAUGACGUAACCUUUGGAUUAUCCAUCCAUAAAUUCAAGGAUAUUGAAGGACGCGGCAUCCUCCCGCCGGCACCGAUCCAGCUGCACACCUUCGACGACGGAUUUACCUACAACGUAGACGAGCACAUCGGUGAUCUAAAAGCUUUCGUUCAGCAAAUUCAUGAUUGCAAACCUUUCUACGAGAGCUUUAUAAACAGCCUAGCCAUCACCAGUGACCCCCGACCUGGGACAUCCACCAUCCCCCCUGUGGACGCCAUCUUCUGUGACUUAAGCAUGCCGAUGCCGUUGCGUGCGUGUCGUAAUCGGAAAAUUUUGACGUACGGAUUUGUGCCAUUCGCGGCUCAAUUGUUUGCAUCCUACGGGACCUUCGAUGAAAACACGCCAUCGGUGCCAGAUGAAGUGUUCUUCAGCGGAACGGAUGAGUUAGCAAAUCAGGGCAAGAAAAUCGCUGAGAGUUUCAAAACCUUGGGACUGGAGUUUCUUGACGCGCAGACCCUAGUUACGGAGGUACUGUUCAAUUCAUUUGAGGAAUUAGAACCCAACGUGAAAACCAUGUUAGCCACCUUACCAAAAAUGGCUAACACGCCGGUGGCAUUCAUCGGACCGCUCUUACCGGAACAUAAAGAAAAGCCCGAAGACGAAAUUACGAAAAAGAUCCGGAGUUGGCUGGACAAGCAAGGCGAGCGAAGCGUCGUUUAUUUCUCCUUUGGAACAGUGGCGGUUCCUUCGGCCGAACAACUGGCGGAAGUUGCCGAAGCACUGGUGUCUUUGAAGCAGCCGUUCAUUUGGUCGCUGCGGAGCUACCAGCAAGAUAUGCUCCCGCCGAAGUAUAUCCAUUCAACUGUGAACACCAUGUCUGAUAAAACGCCGUAUUUGAUUUUGCAUUGGACACCGCAAAAAGAAAUCCUUGGGCAUAAAUCCACCGGCGUAUACGUCAGCCACUGUGGUUGGAAUAGUACAUUGGAAGCGGUCUCGUACGGUGUGCCGGUAGUUGCAUGGCCGAUGUUUGGUGACCAACAUAAUAAUGCUGCUCUGAUUGAGCAGUGGGGAAUCGGUCGGUGUGUGCCGGUUGCCGGCAUGAAAUCCCAGACGAUGCCGGCUAAAGAUAUUGCUGAUAUUAUUGCAACCGUCGGUGGAUGGCAGGAGGUUCGGAUUGAAAGCAGGCCGUAUUUGGAGAAAGCCCAGGAACUCUCGAAGAAGGCGAAAAAAGCGUCGAGUCCAGAGGGAAAGUCUACCCAAAACUUGUUGGAAGUAAUGAAUAAAAUUGCUGACAUGUGAUUACUUAAGUGCCAACUAUGUUUCUGACCGUAUAUUUGCAUGGUACAUUAGAAAGGAUUGAUUUAUUUAUGGGAUAUUGAUUAAUUUGUUUUCUACCUGCAGUGUGCAAAAUAAAGUGGUACUGCACGAAA